GUUGUUCUCACCACCACCAUCUUCAUCUCUGUCCUCACGCAGCGAUGAAUCGCUCCUCUUCACCAACGCAACACGUCACAGCGGCGGCUGCUCAGCACGGCGGUGUUCGCCCCUUUGACCCUCUGGCAUUCAAUGCCAAUCCAAGCGCUCAGCCGCUCAACGCCCCCACCACUUCGUCCUACGGCUACGGCGGAUACGACGAUGAAGAUGACGACGCCGAUGCAUUGACUCGGGCAGCUGCGGCGAAUGGACGAUCAGAUGUUGCGAUGGACACAGCGACGGAUGAUGCAGGGCCGGGAGCAGGACAGAGUAGCGGCGUACCUUCGACGGGGCAGAAGAGGAGGCCGAGGAACGUGAGAGAUCAGGAGCCUGUGCCGCCUGUUGUGGAUCAGGUCGGUGAGAGGGUCAGAGAGGGGUUCCGCGAUUUCUUGCAGACCUUCGUCGAUGCCCACGACCCGGAUGGUGAUGCUCCUCAGGGCGAUGCAACGUACAUCGACCAGCUCUUCUCGCUACGAGACUACGGCAAGACGACGCUGUACGUCGACUUUACGCAUCUGCUGCGACAUGAAGAGGUCUUAGCCAGGGCCGUCUCCGACCAGUACUACCGUUUCCUGCCGUAUCUGCGCCGCGCACUCCUCGACUUGGUCAACGUCCACAUCCCCAACUACAUGUACCUCAACGCCCACGUAGCCUCGACUGCCCAGUCAGGUCUGGUGCCCCGCGAUUUCACCGUCUCCUUCUACAACAUCGGCCUCGUCUCUGGCAUUCGAGACUUGCGCACAGACAAGGUGGGACGACUCGUCUCCAUCUCCGGGACCGUCACCCGCACAUCCGAGGUCAGGCCAGAGCUCCUCUACGGCGCUUUCACCUGCCAGCUCUGCAAGAACACGGUGCGAGACGUCGAGCAGCAAUUCAAGUACACUGAGCCCACCAUGUGCCGCAUACCCGGCUGCAACAAUCGCCGGGAAUGGCAGCUCAACGUCGACCAGUCUCGCUUCUCCGACUGGCAGAAGGUCCGUAUCCAAGAGAACGCCAAUGAGAUCCCGACUGGCUCCAUGCCUCGCAGCUUGGACGUCAUCCUGCGCAGCGAGAUUGUAGAAAAGGCCAAGGCAGGGGACAAGUGCGUCUUCACCGGAUCCUUCAUCGUCGUGCCGGACGUCUCGCAGUUGGGCGUGCCGGGCGUCAAUGCUCAGAUUCAACGCGAGGCGCAAGGAGGUGGGAGGGCGCCCGAGGGGCUUUCGAACCAAGGUGUCACUGGCCUCAAGUCGCUGGGUGCACGCGACCUCACCUACAAGACGGCCUUCCUCGCGUGCAUGGUUAGCAGCACCGACUCGCGCAAGACGUCAGACGUGCGCGGUGGUGACUCUGCCGAGGAGGAGCUCGACCCCAAUACGCUCCUCGACACGCUGACCGAGCAGGAGCGUGAAGAGCUCGAAGCAAUGGUCGAGGCGGAUGACAUCUACGGGAGGUUGGUGCAGAGCAUCGCGCCGACGGUCUACGGCCAUGACAUAGUCAAGAAGGGUAUCCUUCUGCAACUCAUGGGCGGCGUUCACAAGCAGACGCAAGAGGGCAUCCACCUGCGUGGCGACAUCAACAUCUGCAUCGUCGGCGACCCGUCGACUUCCAAGUCACAAUUCCUCAAGUACGUCUGUGGCUUCCUCCCCCGCGCCGUCUACACAUCCGGCAAGGCUUCAUCUGCUGCAGGUUUGACCGCCGCCGUCGUUAAGGACGAAGAGACGGGCGAUUUCACCAUCGAGGCUGGCGCACUCAUGCUGGCUGACAAUGGUAUCUGUGCCAUUGACGAGUUCGACAAGAUGGACAUCGCCGAUCAGGUCGCCAUUCACGAAGCCAUGGAACAGCAGACCAUCUCCAUCGCCAAGGCCGGCCUGCAGGCGACGCUCAACGCCCGCACCUCGAUCCUCGCUGCUGCCAACCCGGUGGGCGGCAGGUACAACCGCAAGCAGACGCUGCGAGCCAACGUCGCCAUGAGCGCGCCUAUCAUGUCGAGAUUCGACCUUUUCUUCGUGGUGCUCGACGAGUGCAACGAGUCGGUCGACAUGAACAUCGCGCAGCACAUCGUCAACGUGCACCGAUUCAGGGACGCAGCCAUCUCGCCCGAGUUCUCGACGGAGGCCAUCCAGCGCUACAUUCGCUAUGCACGCACCUUCCAGCCCAAGCUCACCCCCGAGGCCAGCGAUGUGCUCGUCGAGAAGUACCGCCUGCUGCGAGAGGAUGAUGCAAGCAAUGGUGGUGGCGGCGGCGGCGGUGGAGGUAAGAACUCGUACCGCAUCACAGUGCGUCAACUGGAGAGUAUGAUCCGUUUGAGCGAAGCCAUCGCGCGAGCAAACUGCCGUAGCGAGAUCACGCCGGCAUUCGUUCGCGAAGCCUACGCACUUCUUCGUCAGUCUAUCAUCCACGUCGAGAAGGACGAUAUCGCGCUCGACGAAGAGGACGCAGAUGAGACGGUCGCACCAGCCGCGCCUCGCGAAGACGAUGAGGACGAGGGCGACGAUGCCGAGAUGAUGGAGUCGUACCCUCGCCACCACGAUGAUGGCACGCCGACUCCAGCCGCCUCCACGCAACGCGCCAGAACGACAAUCACCUACGACCGAUAUCUCUCCCUCCUCUCGCUACUGGUGCAACGUGUCGCAGCCAUCGAACGCUCGACGCUGCGCGGCGUGGCGCGAGACGAUCUCAUCGAGUGGUAUCUCGAGCAGCGCGAGGGUGACAUCGAGACGGUCGCCGAAUUGGAGCAAGAGCGUGUGCUGUGCAGAAAGGUUCUGGAGAAGUUGGUCAAGGAGCAGUACCUGCUCGAGAUGAGAGAAGACCCGGCUGAAGGCGGAGAGGAUGGGGAGAUGGAGACGGAGUUGGCGCGUGAUGAGGUGGCAGAGGAGACGGAAGGUGGCGCCGAGGGUGGAAGCAAUGGUGCCGGCACGAACGGGGCAGCGUCCUCGCAUCAGGCCAUGGUGCUCAUGGUCCACCCGAGGAUCGAUGUUGACAAUCUGUGAUCCGCGUCCAACUUCUCUCCUUGUUACCCCUGUCCCUUUACGUCGCUCCUUCUGUACUAUUGGUCUCGCUUUUCUUUUGCUUCUUCGAAUUGCAAUCAGUUCCCGU